UAUUACAUUUUGUGUAUCCAUUCAUCUCUUCAUGGACACUUGAGUUGUUUCUACUUUGGAGGUGUUGGAAGUCGCACCACUUUUAUUAGCCCUUUGGCUAAGAUCAAGUGGAAAUCGCAUCACUUUUAAGUGGAGACUUGGCUCCUGAUCUAAUGCUCAUUCCCAUAGUAUCACAGAGGGAAUUGAUUGCUUUAUAUAACCUCGAAUCUCCUCCAAACUUAUGAGGUUUUCAGGGAAAUGGGCAUCUCCUGUAAAAUAAUUAGUUCACUGAAAUACUGAUGCUGAGCUUUCAUGAAUAAAUGAAUCACACUAAGGUUGGUUGGUCCAUACUUUAAGUCUCCUGAAGAUAAUAUCUCUUUCUCCUUUUCCUUCGAUUAAACACACACACACACACACACACACACACACACACAAUGGUUUACAGGGAGAUACCAAGAGACUACCAAAAGCUGAUGCACUCUCUUUAGAAUUAUUUCUAGAGGUGAAACUUCACUGUGCAACACAGCACAGAACUGCUUCUCGGUAAGGAAGUCCACAGAGCACUUUCUCCAGGAUUCCAUUGUCCCUGUGCCAAGCUUUGGGUAGCAAUUGCAUCACUUCCAAACUCAGGUGUUUCCAACCUACUAGAACACGUGGACAAAGCCUGCGGCAAAUCUGGCUUCUGCCAGUCCCAUCCACACUUGGAGCGCAGCUCUUUCCGGGAUCUCUGUGCAGAGGGUGGCUGGCAUUAGACAAGGACUGAGCCAGAGAAGAAUACAGAGCAGAGCCAUGAAUAUCAUCUUGGGUCUCCUCCUGCUUCUGUUCACCAUCAUCUACUCCUACUUGGAGGCACUGGUGAAGGCUUUCUUUCCCCGAAGGAGAAAAUCUGUGGCUGGGGAGGUUGUUCUCAUUACAGGAGCCGGGCAUGGAAUAGGCAGGUGGACUGCCUAUGAAUUUGCAAAACGGAAGAGCCGACUGGUUCUGUGGGAUAUUAAUAAGCGCGGUGUUGAGGAAACGGCAGCCGAAUGCAGGCAACUGGGGGCCACUGCGCACGCGUAUGUGGUGGACUGCGGUAACCGAGAAGACAUUUAUAACUCUGUAAAGCAGGUAAAGAAAGAAGUGGGAGAUGUAACCAUCCUGGUGAAUAAUGCUGGGACAAUAUAUCCAGCUGACCUUCUUAGUACCAAGGAUGAUGAGAUUACCAAAACUUUUGAGGUCAACAUCCUAGGACACUUUUGGAUCACAAAAGCACUUCUUCCGUCCAUGAUGAAGAGAAAUCAUGGCCACAUUGUCACAGUGGCUUCAGUGUGUGGCCAUGGAGUGAUUCCUUAUCUUAUUCCAUAUUGACUAUGGCCUCUUUUGGAGACAGAUGCAGUUGCAAGAAGCUUGAUAGAUGGAAUACUUACCAAUAAGAAGAUGAUUUUUGUUCCAUCAUAUUUCAAUAUCUAUAUAAUACUAGACAAAUUUCUUCCUGAACGUGCCUUGGCAGCUAUAAAUCACUUACAGAACAUUCAAUUUGAAGCAGUGAUUGGCCACAAAACCAAAAUGAAAUGAAUAAUGGAGCUCCAGCCAGAGAUGUCUGCACCUUAAUGAUGUAAAUCUAAGUUUAGAAUCAAUGCUUCAAAGCUUAAUUUCACAUUUUUCAAUACUGUUAAUAUAAAAAAAAACAUUAGUUUGACAUCAGCAGCAAAGGAACAAGACUAAUUACCUGUCUAUCUCAAGAAUAUUAAUGUAGCUUUAACAGUCAGAUCCAAUUUCAUUCCAUGCCCCUUAAAAACUUCUGUGCUUAUAUAAACAUACUCAAAAGGCCUCUUUUCUUCAGAUAUUUUAUUUUUUUUUCUUUCUGCUUCAAUGGGAACAAAGCCACCUCCCGGAGAGUAAAUACAAAGAGAAGUUAUUUACACAGGGAAGGUUGAAGACCUUGUCAACAUGUACACCAUGUGAGCUAGCAGUUAGAGACGAGGUUUAAGCAGGCUGCAGUGCUCCAAAGGACAAAGAGGUUACUUCUAUGAAAUUCAACAUUUGGAAGCUUUCACUGGCUUCUCCCUUUUCAGCAGCCCAAAACAGUGCAACGGUAUUCUGUAGUUUGUUGCUUGAUUCUGUCCUUUGUAUCGCUCUUAUAUCCACCAAGAGUGGACGCUAUACUUUCUGCCCUUUUCAUAACCUCUUAAAAUACUAUGACCUUAUAAAACAUGACUCUCCUUGAAUCUCAGAAUAUCUGAAAUUUUAACCCCAGGAUAAACCCCUCUUUAUUUGUAGUUUAUGCUUUCACAUAUCAUUGGUACCAGAGAUGUUUAGAUAGUUCUGAGCUUCAAAAAUGAAAACUAACACAGAAAAAAGAAUUAGGCUGACUACCCAAUAUUAGACAGUAGAUCUAAGAGAUAAAAGAGUGUUCUCUUUAAAGAUCUGAUUCCCACUACAUCAAGAGUAAUCUUGUUUUUGUGUUUUUCUCAUAUAUAAUAGACUGCUUUUCCAUCAACUCUCUGCCUGUUUUUAUUAAAAAUGAAUGAUUAAACACAAAUCAUUAAUAAAAAUUUCUUAAAAACAAAUGAUAAAUAUGUUGUGCUUUUAAAAAAAUAACCUCUUGUGGUUAUAAAAUAGAGCUUUGAUUUCUAAUCUCUCAGUCUCAAUGAAUCUCCUUCAGGAAGCAAGGAUCUGGAUGGUAAUAGCUAGAACUAGCAGGUAUUAAGGGUCCCAGGGUUCUCUCAACUUUGGCUUCUUUGACAGUAGAAGUGUUGGUUUAUCAAAUGACUUACUAAAUUCUUUCUGUGUGUGGCACUGAGCAGAGUUUUAUUGUUUUGAGAUUUGUUUUUUCCUAGAUAUUUUGGCAAAAUUUUUAUUC